AUUAUUCAAAACAGUACAUGAGGGACUGGACUUUUGUGAAGCUAUAAUCGUGAUUCUUUAAGACGCGGUCGUGUGACAGCUGGUUGGUUAUGAAGGGUCGUUUUCUUAUUCAAGCUUCGGUGUGUGAAUGAAGCCGGACUCGGGCCGGAGGAGUUCACACUUUCCAUCCAGCAUCAGUUCCGCGUUCGACUGCAGCAGAGUUCACGUUGGGUAACAACAGCGCAGUGACCGCAGGUUAACAGCGUCCAUGUUUAUAUCUUUAUAAAACACGUCUUUGCCGGAACAUGGCUGUAAACAACAUAGAGAGCGAGUCUGAGGCGCGGAUCUACGGGUUUACCAGGAGAGCUUCAGCUGUGUUGACCCACUUCAUCUGCAUCGUUUUCAGCCUCUUCAUCGCUCUGAUGUCCCGACCUGGCACCAGUUUGUUUUCCUGGCAUCCUUUCCUCAUGACGCUGGCUUUCUCCUUCUUCAUGACAGAAGCCAUACUCAUCUUCUCCCCCCACGGCUCCCCCAUCAAAGGUUGCUCACACAAGACCAAAGGUCGUGUUCACUGGAUCCUGCAGUGCCUGUGUGUGUCCUGUGCGGUCCUGGGCCUGGCAGCCAUCUUUUACAACAAACACCUGAACAGUAAACCCCACUUCACCUCAUGGCACGGUCUGCUCGGCCUGCUCACGGUGUGCGUGGUCGCGCUGCAGUCUUUGGCAGCUUUGCCUCUCAUCUACCAUUCCCUGGCUAAAGGCUGGUCCCUUGCCAAACUCAAGCGCUAUCACGCGGCGUCCGGGCUCAUCACGUACCUGCUCGGCAGCAUGAGCCUGCUGCUCGGCCUCUGCUCGGCCUGGUUCACCGCCUCUGUCAAGGACUACAACUGGUACCUGUCAGCACUGUGCCCGGCCGUCAGCGCUCUCAUGAUAAUGAACCAAGUCACCAGUGCAUACAUGGCCAAGAAACGUCUGAAGGCCUGACAGAGGAGACGUCACCGGACUUUAACAUUAACAUUUUAUUGACUGUGGCUGAAAUAGAGGACACUGAGUCUACGCGUCUCUGUAUUUGGGGUUUUUAGGAAGGGCUCAACGACCUGAGGAAUUUUCAUUUGACAGUUACGCACCCAUGCUGAGUUUCUUUUGUUUGUUUGAAGCUUCUGAUGUUUUAAUCCAUACUAGUUUUAACUUCGACCAUGGACUGUAUAUAAAGAUGUAGGAAGUGUGUCCACCUUCUCUCACUAUCCAGACAAGAAGCCAACACAUCCUGGAUAUGAAGGCUGAACCACAAAAUUUUGUUUGGCCCAUGUCCCUUUAGCUCACAUGGAGGAGGCAGAAUUUAUGUCCUAUACUACAGCAGGUGGCGAUCAAGACUAUUUAGCUUCAAUUUUGGGGAGCGGUCAUGUGUCGUCCAUCUUUAUAAACUGUGUAUGAUUAUGUCCACUCACGUUACCUACCAAACACCAGUAUGCUAGCAAUAGCACUUGGCAAAGCAUUGUUUCCUUUACAUUCUCCAAGCUGCUAGCAUUGCUGCAGACUCAGUAUCCUUAAAAACUUAACAGCUUCAAAUGUGACAGGUUUUAGCAAAAGAAGUCAGUUAGUGAAAUAAAAAGAAAUGGUUUAAAUAUUCUCUUCAGACUGAACAGUGUGAGGUUGGUUUUGACACAAUAAGAUUAUAAGACAUCACCAAAACUUCAUCAGAAAUCUCAGUGUACUUUUUUUAUUUUUAGUCAUGAUCUCAUUAAAUACUGCCUUGAAUAUUUGUUGAUCUCAGGUUGAACUUUUGUAUCUUGUGUUGCAUUUUAUAUCUGUCCUCCUGGUUACUGACUUGACCAUGUCUGAUGAUGUCAUACCAAAGGUGUAUCCACAUUAAAAGUACAUGUCAAUGAUUCA